AUGCAGGGAGUCCUUCUUGUGGUCUUCGGAGUGGUGGCACUUGUUGCUACCAUACUCACUCUAUGGCUAUGUUGCUGCUUCCGCCAGAGGGCGCCUAAGUGGGUCUUUCUCUCGGGACUUGUGCUGACAGACGCGGUCCUCGUCGUUUGCGCCGCGGUGAUGAUCACGUAUGGUGCUGGUCUUCUUAUUGCGUCCUACCAUGGCAAUACUUUACCUGCUGCUCUACUUUUUUCCUUUUCUGUGAUACCUAUUGCCGCUGCCAUUGGCAUACCCAUUUACUGUUGCUACCACCGAAAGCGACAAAUUCAAGAGGAAGAGGAAGAAGAAGGAAAUGAAGUGGCGGCACAAGACGACACAGAGGAUGCACAGCUUGUAGUCUUUUUUAACGAUGCCAAGACGUCAGCAUGA